GAGGCGAGCGAGGAGGAGGCGGAUGUGGCCGCCAUGUUGAGCGGGGCUGCCGACACCAAGAAGGCAGCGGGCUCCGAACAGCGGAAGAAGGAGAAGCAGGUGGGCGCUGAAUGGAGAAAUAGGAGGCUGCUGCUGAGGGAAGGGCAGCCCAGCGCCUGAGCCAGGAUGGGGCUGAAGGCCGCGCUCUCCUCCGCCUGGACGUCGCUUGGCAAGGGGCCCGCUUUCUGUGAAGGGAAAGGGCUCCCUCGGGGCUGAGUCCCCCGGGUUUCAGGAAGACAGAGUUGGAGGGAAGAGGAGGAGGAGGAGAGACUCUUCCCUUCCGCCCUCCCUCCCUUCCCUUCCCUUCCCUCCCUGGAAGAUGGCGUGGGUGCUGAAGAUGGACGAAGUCAUCGAGUCGGGCCUGGCGCACGACUUCGACGCCAGCCUCUCCGGCAUCGGGCAAGAGCUGGGCGCCGGCGCCUACAGCAUGAGUGAUGUUCUGGCACUGCCCAUUUUCAAGCAAGAAGACUCUAACCUUCCACCUGACAAUGACACAAAACAUCCACCAUUUCAAUAUGUUAUGUGUGCUGCAACAUCUCCAGCAGUCAAACUGCAUGAUGAAACCCUUACUUACUUAAAUCAAGGUCAGUCCUAUGAAAUACGACUGUUAGAUAAUCGGAAAAUGGGAGACAUGCCCGAGAUCAGUGGAAAACUGGUAAAGAGCAUCAUAAGAGUUGUGUUCCAUGACAGAAGACUACAAUACACUGAGCAUCAGCAGUUAGAAGGUUGGAAGUGGAAUCGUCCUGGAGACAGAUUACUAGAUCUAGAUAUUCCUAUGUCAGUUGGAGUAAUUGAUAUAAAGACAAAUCCAAGCCAGCUCAAUGCAGUUGAAUUUCUGUGGGAUCCUGGGAAACGCACAUCUGCCUUUAUUCAGGUACAUUGUAUCAGCACUGAAUUUACACCUCGUAAACACGGAGGCGAAAAAGGAGUUCCUUUUAGAAUUCAGGUUGACACUUUUAAACAGGCAGAAAAUGGAGAAUACACUGAUCAUCUCCAUUCAGCCAGCUGUCAGAUCAAAGUUUUUAAGCCAAAAGGGGCAGACAGAAAACAGAAAACAGACAGAGAAAAGAUGGAGAAACGAACUGCCCAUGAAAAAGAAAAGUAUCAGCCAUCAUAUGACACUACAAUUCUCACAGAGAUGAGGCUUGAGCCUAUAUUUGAAGAUGCAGUUGAACAUGAGCAGAAAAAGUCCAGCAAGCGGACUUUGCCAGCAGACUACGGUGAUUCUCUGGCAAAGCGAGGCAGUUGUUCCCCAUGGCCUGAUACACCUACUGCAUUUGUGAACAGUAGUCCUACCCCAACUCCAGCAUUUACCUCUACUCCACAUAGUACGUACAGUGUCCCAGACAGUAAUUCAUCAUCUCCAAAUCACCAAGGAGAUGGAAUUCCCCAAGCCUCUGGAGAGCACCUUCAACCAUCAGCUACAAUCCAAGAAACCCAACAAUGGUUGCUUAAACAUAGGUUUCCCACUUAUACAAGGGUGUUUUCAAAUUUCUCAGGUGCUGAUUUAUUGAAGCUGACAAGAGAAGACCUAGUACAAAUAUGUGGUCCUGCUGAUGGAAUUCGGCUUUACAAUGCACUUAAAUCAAGGUCUGUCAGGCCACGCCUAACAAUCUAUGUAUGCCAGGAGCAGUCAAGAAAUGCACAACUUGAAAGGCAGCAAGACUCAGGCAGUGGGGAAGGCAGAAAUGGUGCAAUAUUUGUUUAUCAUGCAAUCUAUUUGGAAGAAAUGGCUGCCUCAGAAGUAACUCGCAAACUUGCACUGGUGUUCAAUAUUCCUUUGCAUCAGAUUAACCAGGUUUACAGACAGGGUCCUACCGGUAUUCAUAUCCUUGUCAGCGAUCAGAUGGUUCAAAAUUUUGAAGAUGAGAGCUGCUUUUUAGUUACCACAAUAAAAGCUGAAAAUGGCGAAGGCUUCCAUAUAAUUUUGAAAUGAUAUAUUGCCAUAUGUAUAAUGGACUGACACUCCAGUAUAGAAUGAAGUCAUACUCAAGAAUGACAAAUAACAUCAAGUCUCUUCAGGGAUCUGACUUCACCAUAUAGAAUGUUUCAUAUUGAAAACACAAGAUGACCUUUCCUAAUGAGCUGUUUAGUAGAUGAACUUAUCACUGCCAUAGCCAAAUGUCCUCAUAAGAGGUAUAAAUGCCGUAACAGUGUAUUUACAGGCAUGGAAAAAGCAAAACAUGUUUGCCCUUUUUUGGGGGAAAAAAUAAGGCAAGCUGUGGCCAGUAGAUGCAGUUUCAAGAAGCAGUACUGCUUUCCUAUUACACUGUAUCCAGUUUGAAUGUAAACCUAUUCUGGGCAUUUACCUUUCUGUGCCAGUUUGUCUCUUACUUGCUUGUAUCUUUAUGCUAAUUUUAUUUUUUGAUGUUAGCAGAGCACAUUGUAAUUUGUGUGGAGACAAGUAGCAAAGAAGAUAGUAAUCAGGUUUGAGAUCUUGAGAGUAAAGCUGUCAAAACAGCAUCCUCUGUAUAAAUUGUGUAUAAGUGUGAAUGUAAGAAGUAUACAUGUCAGAGUUGGACUUCUUAUUGAAGUCCUAGCCAGACAAAAAUUAAGCAUGCAGCAGAAUGCAUUACUAUUAAUACCUAAUUAAGGGGAAUAGACAAAAUCCUGUGAGGUACAAUAAAUUGCUUUGCAGUAGAUUCAUUGGAAAAAAUCUGGCUAUGCAUCAUGUUUCCUGAAUGAAGCACUCCUGCAAUUCAGUGGGGUUUUUAACUACAUUCCUCCUUAUGGAGAAAAAGGGAAUGUCACUGUCAACAAGAGACAGUUUUAUAGAAUCAACCUGUAAAAUGGUUUCAGCACUAAAACCCAAAUUAUUUUCUCUUUAGGGUGCAGACUAUUUUCCCACGUGUUAACUGUUCUUUUUCUCUGUCAUAUGGAAAGAACUUAAUUACAGUGCCUCUUCCAUAAAAUACUUGACUAGCAGUUGCACAACUUAAUGGAUGAAUUGCAAAAAAAAAAGGUCCCUAAAUAUUACCUGACUGUCAUUGAAAAUACACGUAUUUGUUCUGGAUUAUGUAUUAAAACAGGUAUUCAGGGGAGAGUACAACAUGAAAUGCAGGUUUUUCCACCUUCACAUUAUGUGGACUUGCCAUUUUAUCAAAUAGCUUAAAUCUUAUAUAAUGUAACAUUUUAAGGGGAAACAAAGCAAAUGUCAAACAUUUUUAACUCGUUCCCUGGUUAAAUUAUCCCGAGGCGAAGUGCUUAGAGUCUAAUUGUUCUGAAAAAAAUAGUUUAACUAGACAUUAUGGUGAGUGAUUGCUUCCUCCUCCCAUGAAGUGGACUAUUUUGAACUGAUGGGAAGGGAGAAUGGAGCUUGUAAGCUUAAACAGUUUGGGGUUGUUCUUGCAGAUAAAUUAUUUUUGAUUGUUAUUUGAGUGUCUUCAGUUGACUUGAUGUGUCAUUUCAGCACCAUUUUGCAAAAUUGUGAAAAAUCUUGGAGCAGUUCAAAAAUGUUACUAAAUGCUGUACAGUAGUUUGGUUCACUUGGAUUUAAUUAAUGGCACCAGCAAAUUGCUUUUUUGUUUUUAAAUAAGAUGUAUACAUUUCAAUUUCAGUAAAAACAUUUUCCAAUAA